CAGUCAACACUCCACUUACGGUUACUAUUAACCCUUAACAAAAUUUGUGACAUAUGUAUAUGAUCAUGUAUGUAUAGUCACCAAAUCUUUUCAAGAUUACAAAUGAAAUUCACCAAUUGGCCGAUCACAUAUCCAUAUUGCUCAACAAACCAACACUUUUUACCAAUCAUACUCCAGGGGUGUAAUCUUGGUUAAGCUCACAUGGAUCAAAACCCAACACGAGUAAACAUGCGAGUUCGUUCUUCCGGAUCAACGCCAUCUGAAGAGUCAGCGCUAGAUUUAGAAAAGGCAUGUUACAGUCAGUCUAAUAAUCUCCCAUCACUUACUCCACCAACACUUCAACCAUACGCAUCAGGCGGACAACACUCGGAGAGCAACGCUGCAUACUUUUCAUGGCCCACAUCCAGCCGACUAAGUGACGCUGCCGAAGAAAGAACAAACUAUUUCGUUAACCUACAAAAAGGGGAUUUACCUGAAUCUAUAGGUAGAUUACCAAGAGGCCACCAAGCAACCACGUUGCUCGAGCUAAUGACUAUACGUGCAUCGCACAGUAAGCUCUUGCGUUCGUACAGUCUUGGUACUGCAAUUGGGUUUCGGAUUUGUAGGGGUGUGUUGACGGAUACUCCCGCAAUUCUAGUGUUUGUUUCCCGUAAAGUUCACAAACAAUGGCUUAGCCCCAUUCAGUGUCUACCCACUAUUUUGGAGGGACCCGGGAGCGUGUGGUGUGAUGUGGAUGUUGUCGAAUUUUCGUACUUUGGUGCACCGGAACCGACAAGCAAGGAACAGUUGUACACUGAGAUUGUGGAUGAUCUUCGUGGAAGUGGUUCAUGUAUCGGGUCUGGUUCUCAGGUAGCAAGUCAAGAGACAUAUGGAACGUUGGGCGCUAUUGUGAGAAGCCAAACAGGCAACCGGCAAGUUGGUUUUCUCACAAACCGCCAUGUGGCGGUUAAUUUGGAUUAUCCGAAUCAGAAGAUGUUCCAUCCUUUACCUCCAACACUUGGACCAGGGAUAUAUCUUGGUGCGGUGGAGAGAGCUACUUCGUUUAUCACAGAUGACCUUUGGUAUGGCAUCUUUGCUGGCAUUAACCCAGAGACAUUUGUGAGAGCAGAUGGGGCGUUCAUCCCGUUUAGCGAUGAUUUUGACAUGUCCACCGUAACCACAUCUGUAAAAGAUGUUGGAGAAAUCGGAGAUGUCAAUAUCAUAGAUUUGCAGGCUCCUAUCAACACUCUUAUUGGCAAGAAAGUGAUGAAAGUUGGCAGAAGCUCAGGGUUGACUAAAGGAACCGUCUUGGCUUAUGCGCUUGAAUAUAAUGACGAAAAGGGAAUUUGUUUUUUCACCGAUUUUCUUGUUGUCGGAGAAAACCAACAAACGUUUGACCUUCAAGGCGAUAGUGGAAGCCUCAUUAUCUUAAAAGGCGAAGAAGAGGAGAAACCGAGACCCAUUGGGAUAAUAUGGGGUGGGACCGCGAAUCGGGGUCGGCUUAAACUUAAAGUUGGUCAACCACCGGAAAACUGGACGAGUGGCGUUGAUCUUGGUCGCCUACUUAAUCUUCUUGAGCUUGAUCUUAUUACAACUAGUGAUGCACUAAAAGGUGCGGUGCACGAACAAAGAGCUGCAUCAGCAACGGUGGUCGGGUCAACAGGCGACGAUUCAUCACCGCCAGAGAUAGUGCUACCUAAAGACAAUUCGGAGCCAUUAGGGCUUCACAUUCAACAACAUAUCCCUUUAGAAGACGGAGCAUCUGGUGGUGGUCCCGAUAUCAAUCUUUCUCCUGAAAAUGCAGCCAAUUUAGAAGAUGGGCCUAACGUGGGCCCGAGUAUCGAGCAUCAGUUCAUUCCGAGUUUCAAUGGGAACUCGUUGUUCCAUAAGAAUGAGCGGCCGUGUAGGGUGGUGUCUGAGAAUUUAAGUGCGUUGAAAAGUGGGAGCGAUGAGGAUCUCGGGUUUGCACUUCAAUUGGGGGACAAUGAGCCCAAGAGAAGGAAGUCUGAUCCUCUGUUACCUAGUUUGGAUGAAGAAGCUAAUUGAGGGGUAAGCCACGGGUGUGGUGGAGGGCCUGGAGGCGUUUGUUUUAAUGAAGUUAAUUUCGAAAAAGAAAAAAAAUAACCACCUCUCUUUCUCUCUCCCAUUAUAUCAAACAAGUGCUACUUGUAAAUGUUUACAUAGUUCAAACCAUGCUUGAUGUAUAUAUAGUUGUGAAUUGAAUAACUCAAUAUUACUAGGGGUGUUCAAAAAUA